CUAUUCGUUGUAGUGUUGAGAAACUCAUCAAAGGUCCCCCCUUUUGAAACUUGUUGGCUGACACGCAAGAGCGUGCCUUCUGUCUGUUUUACAACAAUUUCGGCCUAGUUUGCAGCAUGUCGCGCAGAAAGGAGAACGAGGAGGUGGACAAGCAGACGCGUAUUGCCAUCGUCAGCGAUGACAAGUGCAAACCGAAGCGGUGUCGGCAGGAGUGCAAGAAGACCUGCCCGGUGGUGCGCAUGGGCAAGCUGUGCAUCGAGGUGACGCCCACGUCCAAGAUAGCCUCGUUGUCCGAGGAGCUUUGCAUCGGUUGCGGUAUCUGCGUCAAGAAAUGCCCCUUUGAGGCCAUCACAAUCAUCAACUUGCCCAGCAAUCUGGAGAAGCACACAACGCAUCGGUACAGCAAGAACUCCUUCAAGCUGCAUCGUCUGCCCAUUCCGCGUCCCGGUGAGGUGCUCGGUCUUGUGGGACAGAACGGUAUUGGCAAGUCGACCGCUUUGAAGAUUCUCGCGGGCAAGCAAAAACCGAAUCUGGGGAAGUACGCCAAUCCGCCCGACUGGACGGAGAUCCUUAGCUACUUCCGCGGAUCUGAGCUGCAGAACUACUUCACCAAGAUCUUGGAGGACAACCUGAAGGCGCUGGUCAAGCCGCAGUAUGUGGAUCAGAUCCCCAAGGCGGUACGCGGCGCUGUGGGCGAUCUUCUGGAUAAGAAGGACGAGAGGGAUCUGCAGACCAAGAUCUGUGAAAUGUUGGAUCUAUCGCACAUCCGCGAUCGUGAGAUCGCUCAGCUUUCUGGUGGAGAAUUGCAGCGUUUUGCCAUCGCCAUGGUGUGCAUACAGAAUGCAGACAUUUUCAUGUUCGACGAGCCGUCCUCGUAUUUGGAUGUUAAGCAGCGUCUGAACGCUGCCUUGACCAUUCGAUCACUCCUGCAUCCCACUAAGUUUAUUAUCGUGGUGGAGCACGAUCUGUCUGUGCUGGAUUACUUGUCUGAUUUUAUUUGCUGCCUUUAUGGAGUUCCCGGUUGCUACGGUGUGGUCACUAUGCCUUUCUCUGUGCGUGAAGGCAUCAAUAUUUUCCUCGACGGCUUUGUGCCCACCGAAAACAUGCGAUUCCGCACUGAAUCACUUACUUUCAAAGUAUCUGAGUCCGCUACGGAGGAGGAGAUCAAGCGCAUGAACCACUACGUGUAUCCCGCCAUGGUCAAGACCCUUGGCAAGUUCGAACUGACGGUGGAAAAGGGUCACUUUAGCGACUCCGAGAUCCUGGUGCUUCUGGGCGAGAACGGUACAGGAAAGACGACGUUCAUUCGCAUGCUGGCUGGUAACCUCCAACCCGAUGGCGAGGUGGAACUGCCCAUGCUCAAUAUCUCGUACAAGCCGCAGAAGAUUUCCCCGAAAUUCCAGAACCAUGUGCGCCAUUUAUUGCACGAUAAGAUUCGUGACGCCUACGUACAUCCUCAGUUUAUUGCCGACGUUAUGAAGCCCAUGAAAAUUGAGGAAAUCAUGGACCAGGAGGUGCAGAACCUCUCCGGUGGUGAGUUGCAGCGUGUGGCCUUGGUUCUGUGUCUUGGAAAGCCAGCGGAUGUCUACCUCAUCGACGAACCUUCCGCCUAUUUGGACUCAGAGCAGCGUCUGGUGGCCGCCAAGGUUAUCAAACGCUACAUUCUGCACGCGAAGAAAACUGGAUUUGUGGUGGAGCACGAUUUCAUCAUGGCCACCUACCUCGCCGAUCGUGUCAUCGUGAUUGAGGGUCAGCCUUCAGUGAAGACGACAGCCUUUUCGCCGCAGUCGCUGCUGAAUGGCAUGAACCGCUUCCUGGAACUGCUUGGUAUUACCUUCCGUCGCGAUCCCAACAACUUCAGGCCCCGCAUCAACAAGAACAACUCGGUCAAGGACACAGAACAGAAACGCUCGGGCCAAUUCUUCUUCUUGGAGGACGAAGCUUGUAACUAAGACAGGUUCACGGACAACUUCGAUUGGACAGCUCGUUUUCCUAUGUUCUCCUCAGCUUUCCUUCGUUCAUUUCGCAUUCUUUGGUUGAAAAACACAUUUGCUUUCAAAUUAUUUUGUUAUUGUUGUCGAGGAUUGCGUACAAUCGAAAAUUGGGGAUUAAUUGUACUUGAUUAAAGUGAGUUUUAUAUACGUUUUUACAGCGAAAUAAAUAGAGAACCGAAACAACAAAA